AUGGAGGUAUCUCGACGACAACAUCCAUUCAAUCAAAAAGUCACAAUUGCUUUUGGCGUCGGUUUGCCUCAAAUUGCUACUUCACCUGCUCCCGCCGCCAUGAACACUACUACCACCAUAACUGCAGAUGUACAGACAAUUGAUUUCAUACACCAGGCCAUCUUAUUGAAGCCAGAACCAGACUAUGAGUCUCUAAUAGCAAUCUUUUGUGUCGGACCGCAUACAAAGGAGAUUCUCCAUCUUGCUGCAUGUUAUGAUGCUAGACAUACGUAUGAUUUGAAGACGCUUAUGGGACAAUUUGUCGGAAGGCAUCAGCCGAAACUUGCUGCGUUCUUGGUGGGACUUAUAUCUUCGCCGGACGUUAUAGAUGCUGUUGGAGUUUGGAAUGCGAUCAGAGGUCCAGGAAAGAGGCUGCAUUAUUUAUUAGAUAUCCUGAUGGUCAAGAACCAACAGGAAGUGAAUCAGAUCAGUGCAUCGUUUUCUGAUAUUUAUGGAAAGAACAUGGAAAAGCUCGUCCGCGAGGAAUUUUUCGGUGUAGCUCGCGAUAUGAUUGAUGUCCUGAUAUCACCGCUCCAGGCUCAUGAUUUACAUCCCAGUGAAAUGGACACAGAGGUGCUAUACAAAGCCUGCAGGAAUCAACAUCGGGUGGAUGUGCUUGAAAUGGUGCAUAUAUUACGACGUCGCUCUGCACAUCAGUUGAGGACGGUGUUUCAGAUAUAUGAGACCAAAUAUCGGCAGCAGUGGGUUGAUGCUGUGUCGCAUGCGUUUUCUGGAGAUCAGAGGAAGAUACUGUUGUCGCUUGGUCACGUCGCGAAGGACCCGUGGGAUUUUGUAGCUGUGGCAUUCGAGGACUGUCUAGAUGGGUACACUGUGAAUGAGGAUCGACUGAUGCGAUUACUGGUCAGACAUCGAGACAAUAUGGCUCAAGUCAAGGGCGCUUACGCUGCCCGGUAUAGAAGAAGCUUGUAUGCUCGAGUUGAGGAACGCACGUCAGCCGCAAAUAGCCUGUUGGGUACGGGUCUUCGCAGAACCCUAUAUGAGCUGGCAUUGUUGGCUGUGGUUGCAAACAUCAUAACCCAAAAGCUCUUGAAUCUGCCUCAAUACAUUACCGCUCACAAUGUAUCUGUGUAUGUCUCCAUGCCAACGGAAGCUUCAACAGCUGGAAUUAUUCAAGAUCUAUUUCAGAAAGGCAAGAACUGUUACGUCCCACAAUGGACAUCCGAUGAAAUGGAAAUGGUACGCGUCAACAGCUGGGAGGACUACCAGAAUCUGCCGCUGAACAAGUGGAAUAUACCUGAACCACCACAUGAUUCGCAUCGUGAUAAAGUCGCAGCAACAGAUCUAGACCUUAUCGUGAUGCCAGGCCUAGCGUUUGAUCGCAAGGGGUAUCGGAUGGGUCAUGGGAAAGGGUAUUAUGAUCGGUAUCUUGGGAAGAGUGUGUCCGCAGAUAGCAGCAAGAAGCCUUUAUCGGUUGCAUUGGCUCUGUCUGCUCAAUAUGUUGAUGCUGUGCCUCAUGACGAGUUUGAUCUGAAGCCUGAUGUGAUUUUGAACCCGUUUGUGUAG